AUGGAAACCAGCCCAAAGGAUAGCCGCAAGGUCAUUGAGGGCAUCUUCGCCGUCAACAAGUCGCAGUGGGCCUCGUCCGCCGGCGUGUUGCGCGACCUGCAAGACCACUUUUCCCGCUCCACGCUCUUUGCGUCAUGGCUCGAGAGUCAGAAACGGGCGCUGAUCUUGUCGCAUGCGAAGCAAAAGCACAUCAACAACCUCAAGGUGAAGCUCGGCCACGGCGGUACUCUGGAUCCAAUGGCCACUGGUGUCUUGAUUGUCGGGCUGGGAAAGGGCACAAAAUGUCUGCAGCGCUUCCUGGAAUGCACAAAGACAUAUGAAUGCGUCGUCCUAUUUGGCGCUGCCACGGACAGCUACGAUGCGGUAGGAAAGGUGGUCAGCAAGGCGGGAUACCAUCAUGUUACCAGAGAGCUAGUCGAAGAGAAGCUGGCGCAGUUCCGCGGCAAAAUCAUGCAGAAGCCGAGCGUCUUUUCGGCGCUCAAGGUCGAUGGCAAGAAAAUGUACGAGUACGCAAGAGAAGGCAAGGAGAUACCCGAGGUAGCUGCUCGGCCUGUCGAGGUGGAGGAACUGGAGCUCGUCGAGUGGCUCGAGCCGGGCAGCCAUGCUUUUUCCUGGCCAGCCGAAGAGGUGGAUGGCGCUGAAAUGGAAGGCGCGAAAAAGCUGCUCGGUAUCAGGGAAGAGGAUGCAAAGAUGCACGCGAGUACCAUGGCACGCAAGGCACGGAAACGCUCUCGGUCGCCAGAGAGCGAUAGUGCCCAAGGCGCUGCGAGGCAAUCCAAAGUACCCAAAUCCGACGCCGAGCCAGUCAUGUCUGGCGCUCUACCGUCAGAAGACGCAUCUGCCGAAAAAGCCGAGACCUCGUGUGAGGUUGCUGCGCAGUCGUCGCCAUCGCAACCUCCAGCGGCGCGCCUCCGCAUGACUGUCACAUCUGGCUUCUACGUUCGCUCUCUCUGCCACGACCUUGGCCUCGCCUGUUCUUCACUCGGGCUCAUGUCCUCCUUGGUCCGCUCACGACAGGGUGAUUACUCGCUUGGCAAGAAUGUCAUUGAACUGGCCGACAUGGAGCAUCCCGAGAAAUGGGAGCCUCAGCUUCAGAAGCAGCUGGAGGAGUUUAUGGAAAAGGAGGGCUGGGAGGCAGAAGAGGUCGAGGAUGACGAGACUUGGCAAGCGAAGAAGAAGGAGCGCAUGCAGAAUCGAAGAGAGCAAGACCGCGACCGGAGCUACAAGGGCGGUGGCAAAGGCAAAUGGAACAAAGGUAAUGCAAACCAUGGGCGGAGCAGCUAUUCCAAAAACAUGAACGGCGGCCAAAAGGAUAGUUGAGAUGAUGAUGAUGAAACCGUCUUGAUCUACAUGGCAUUAUGAUACCCUAUGAAAAUCUACAAGACUGCGCCCCGUACUAAGC